AUGAAAGUUAUGAAAGUUUCAGUUAUUUUAUUCUUCAUUACCUUAUUGCUCGUUACAUUCGUCUCUUCAAACCCAGUCCCAGGUGGCGAUCAUCACCAUGGUCAUCACGAUGAUCAUCACGGCGAUCAUCACGAUGGUCAUCAUGGCGAUCAUCACGACGAUGAUCAUCACGGCGAUCAUAACGAUGGUCAUCACGAUGGUCAUCACGAUGAUCAUCACGGCGAUCAUCACGAUGGUCAUCACGAUGAUCAUCACGGCGAUCAUCACGGCGAUCAUCACGAUGGUCAUCACGGUUACGGUUAUGGCGAUUGGGACUCAACCAAUGCUCAAACGCAGCAAUGA